UCCAUAAUUUUGCAUCUAUUUCAGAUUUGGUGCAAUAUCCCGUAUCUGAUUUUAAGCAAUUUUAAUACUAAACACUCUUCAUCGUCAGGCAUCCAACUUCUUCAAAUUCAGGUUUUCAGCGCCAAAAUCUGAAAUGCCGAUGGCGAAGAAGAAGAAGUUGGAGAAAGAGUCGAAUAACCACUUACCCCAAGACAUCAUCGUGCAUAUUCUCUCCAGGUUGCCAGUCAAAUCCCUGAUCCGGUUCAGCUGCGUCUCAAAACGGUGGCGUUCCAUAGUCACCGACCCUGAGUUCGCUAAAUCCCAGUUCAAGGUAGCGUCUGAGAGGCAAACCCUCCGUCCCAGACUCCUCGUCUCCACCGCCUCUCAUCUCCAAUCCUUGAACUUGGAUGAGACGGCGUCGUUUGAUGACAAUUCUGCGAUCAGAGAGCUGUCCUGCCCAUUCAAUAAAUCAGGCAGUCAUCUGGUGCUACUGGGCUCGUGCAAUGGCUUGGUAUGUGUAGCUCUUGAUUUUCAUGAAAGCUAUUAUAUCUGGAACCCAUCAACUGGGUUCUUCCUGAAAUUGCCUAACCCUGGAUUUGCAUCAAAAAGUGUUGGAAAUGUUUAUAAUUAUGGUUUUGGUUAUGUGGCGGCCACUGAUGACUACAAAGUUGUUGCGGCAGCUCGUUUGAUUGAUCCAACGGACAGGGACCCUGUUAAGGUCUUCUCUUUGAGAGCCAACUCUUGGGAAAGGAUUGCAGCCCCCAAGUUAUCUAAUUGGUCCAAUGGGGUUCUUUCGAAUGAGGCACUCCAUUGGCAGCACUGCUUGUUUGAGCCAUUCAGACAAGCUAUCCUUGCUUUUGAUUUGGCCAAGGAUGAGUUCCGGGAAGUGGCAUUGCCUAUUUUAAAGGAAGAUAAUGUCAAGUUCGGACAAGUAGGGGUUCUUUUAGAAGGAUGCCUGUGUGUAACGACUCAUAGGAAGACCGAUCCUCGCUGUUUAAUGAGUAAUAGGAACCCUGAGCUUCACCAUAUUGAAGUCUGGGUCAUGAGAGAAUAUAAUGUGCGUGAAUCUUGGACUAAGCUUUUUAAGCUUAAGGUCUCAGGUCACCCAGAGCAGAUGUGGCCUUCCAGCCCUAUCUUCUUUAGGGAAAGUGGUGCAGUUGUGAUGCAAAGUCGUAACAUGGAGGCGGAGUUGACAUGGUUUGAUGAAAAGGAAGACAAGUUUUGUAACCCAAUAAAGGGAAAAGCCAAGGUUUGUGACCGCAUAGAGAAAGAAGAUGAAUUUGAAAAGGAUGUGGUUUGCAGUGAGCUGUAUAGGCUUGAGGGGUCUCCCCUUGUGGAUAACGUGAUUGAAUAUGUUGAGAGUCUGCUACCGUUCUUCUCCAACAUUAAUGUGGCAGAUGAACGAACACCUCCAGUAGAAAUUCCCAUUCAACAUCUGAUCACUGUCCAACAGAUUACUGUUGAGAAUAUUAGCAGUAUGGUUCCGAUGAAGCUAACCCACACUAAUUUCACUCAGUGGAAAUGGCUAUUUCUUCCAGUUCUCAAGAAAUAUAGUGUACAAGGUUUGGUUGAUGGGACUGAGAUCUGUCCACCUGCUUUUCUGCUGGAUAAAAAUGGUAAAAUCUCCAAUCAUGUGAAUCCAGCUUUUGAAAAAUGGAUGGACCGAGAUCAAAGUGUAAUGAUUUGGCUGAAAUCAAGAAUCUCUGAAGAUUUAUUAUCAUAUACAAUUGGGGCUUCUUCCUCUCGGGCACUCUGGAUGGCCCUGGAGAAACUUGUUGUCGAUGCUUCUCAUUCUCAUUUCAGUUGUUGCGUUUCGAAAAGGUGGCGUUAUUUAGUACUCUCUGACCCAGAAUUCGCGCAACGCCAUUUUAAAUUAGGUUCCAAGCAUAAAACCCUCAAGCGCAGACUCCUCUUCUCAUCAACUUCCUCUAAAUAUCCAUAUGAAUUAAACUGGCCAGAGCACUUGUUUGGAUCCGUAGACUUGGAAGGCGAUUCUCCAGUGAUCAGUAAGCUCGUCAGCCCAUUUAAGCAGGGCAAUGGUGCCAUUAUACUGGGAUCCUGCAACGGCUUGGUAUGUGCACAAUUUCAAGAAAAGUUUUACAUCUGUAACCCAUCAACCGGAUUGUCCAACACAUUAUGUAACAGUGGUUUUUUAGAAUAUUUUCGGUCAAAAGCUAAUGGGCGGAGGCGUCGUGUUGAAAUGUCUCCUAUUUAUCAUGGUUUCGGUUAUGUGUCGGCUACUGAUGACUACAAACUUGUGGUAGCCAUUGGUUGUUUUCAUCGUAAUGUGGAGGUUGCAAUCUUCUCACUGAGAGACAACGUUUGGAAAUGGGUUAAAGCCCCUCGUGACUACUCUAAUUAUGGCACGGUGUCUCCUCACGGGGCUCUUUUAAAUGAGGCACUGCAUUGGUUCUACAAUCCCCGGCAAAAUGAACAAUGUAUCUGUGCUUUUGAUUUAGCCAAGGAGGAGUUCCGGGUGAUGCCUCUGCCUGUUCUUAGCGAAGCUGAUAAAUUUGAUUUGCGUUUUCAAUAUCUAGGGGUUCUUGAAGGAUGCCUGAGUUUGUCAGGGUGGAAGUCUCAGGGCUCUAUUGAAAUCUGGGUCAUGAAAGAAUAUGGCUUGCGUGACUCAUGGAAUCAUCUGUUCAAGUUCGACAUUGUGUGUUACGUACCGGUCUUGGUAUCUAAAAGUGGUAACAUUGUGGUGAAACAAAUUUGGUCCAAUGACAUGGCGGUAAUAAAGAUUGGGGAAAAUGACAAAGUUGUCUUUUGGGAUUACAGGUGUAUGAAUGGCCAUGGGCGUUAUGAGACUCGUGACGUGAUUGAAUACGAUGAGACUCUAUUGUGGGUCAAUCAUUACGAAGGGCUGGAACGGCAGGGAAAAAUACUAAAACCCCAACAUGUUCAAGGAACAGACGAAGUGAGGAAGAUGAAAAUGAAGAGGGUCAGAAAUCUCAGAUUCCCGUUGAAGCAACCGGACCUUAACCCUACAGUCAAGGUAAUACUCGGCUCCUGCAAUGGUUUGAUAUGCGUAGCUCUUGAUUUUAAUCAGCACUUUUAUAUCUGGAACGCAUCCACCGGAUUCUUGCAGAAAUUACCUGACCCAGAUUUUGGGUCACAAAAUAUUAAAACCCUUGACAGUUAUGGGUUUGGUUAUGUAUCCGCCNCUGACGACUACAAAGUUAUUGUGGCCGUUCGACCUACUCAAACAAGUAACAGAGGUGGCCUUGUUGUUUGGGUCUUCUCAUUUAGAGCCAACUCGUGGAAAACGAUUCAAGCUCCAUUCUUAUCCAUUCAGGCUCAUGUAAUAUACAUUAAGCAGAAACGGGGGACUCUUUCAAAUGAGGCACUCCAUUGGCUGCCUUGGGGUGGNNNNCCAGUUGUAAUUGCUUUUGAUUUGGCAAAGGUGGAGUUCCGAGAAGUAAUGNUGCCAAUUGUUAAAAAAAAUUAUGAGUUCUGUUUCGAAGGGUUGGGGGCUCUUUUAGAAGAAUGUAUUCGCUACUAGGGAUACUAGGAUGCCCGAUUUUCAAUAUAUGGAAGUCUGGGUAAUGANAGAAUAUGAUGUGUGUGAAUCUUGGACUGUGCUCUUUAAGUGUAGCAUUGACUAUGAGCUGCCACGGCUUUCCAGUUCUAUCUUCAUUAGGGAAAGUGGUACAACUUUGAUCCGGUAUUGUUGUGGCAAGAAGGUGGAGUUCAUAUGGUUUGAUAAAAAUGAAGACAAGUUUGACAACGAUGUGGUUUGCAGUCGAUGUAUGCUUGAGGGACUUUACUAUGCGGAUGACAGGAUUGAAUAUGUUGAGAGUCUGCUUUGUUUGCCCGACAUUUCCUAUCACCAAUCAUGUGAAUCCAGCCUUUGAAAAAUGGAUGGAUCGAGAUAAAAGUGUAAGGGCUUGGCUUGAUUCAAGAAUCUCUGAAGAUUUAUUACCAUAUACAGUCGGGGCUUAUUCCUCUCAUGCACUCUGGAUGAUCCUGGAGAAGCAGUUUGUUGGUGCUUCAAGUUGUCACUUUGAUUUAGGGGACUUGGAAUCUACUGGUGAAGAAGUUGGACUUUUCUUCAGCAAACUAUCAGCUGUUGUAGGUUCUAGUUUGUCACCAGAAGUUACCACAAAUUCGUUUUCCACGAAGGCAAGUUAUGGGAAUUUCAGUGGAAGUGUUUUCUAAAUUCUUUAGACCAAAUGGGAAAGCAAUGUCUUAGGGAAGAUGUUUUCCAUGUAAACAGAUAAAAAUAUAUAAAUGAAGCUAUUUCAAGGACAAUGGCGUGGCGAAAAGUUUAAAGGCAUUAUCCCAAAUGGUCAUUUCAGUUGCACAAGGUGAAAUGAUCAUCGAGUUUUAUACAUCAUCCCUCGUGCUAAUCGGACUUUGGUUAUUGGUUGUUGUGGAAAACUUUUGCUAUUUGAAUUCAAAAGAAAAUCAGAGAUGGGGAGGUUGAGUGUGGUGUUUA